AUGGACAUGUACAGAGUGUGGGAAAGGCUUUUUCCGGAAGUCCCGUCUGGUCAUCCACCAGAGGCGGCACACUGGGGAACGACCGUUUUCAUGUGCACAAUGCGGGAAGGGCUUUUCAUGUAA